GGUGAACAGUAACCUGUGUCGAUCUGACUACUGCAAACGCUCAUUGUUGGCCGACUUUGAGUAGUUUCAGUGAAUCCUCGAGGAAACUGGAGUCUCCCGUAUCUGUUUUUGAAAUUUGGUUUUUUGCAGGGUUAAGUUGCAUUCAAAAGUGUCAGUGCGAGCUACACUGUUAACUUUUCAUCCCUUCAAUUCGCAAACUGUGUAUUAUACUUAGAUUUGAAAAAGUGCUUUGAAUGGCUGACUUUUCUAAUUAAAUUAAAAGACGAUUUCCUUUAAAGUCGCUGAUUUUGCUGUCAGGUUGGAUUCCUUCACCAUACCUUGUACCUUUGCUCGACUUCUAAAAUUGAAUUCUCAGGAAUAUCAUACUUGAUAGAGCUUGGGAGAUUUUUGUUCAUUCUUUUGGUUACUUGCUGGCUUGCUGGUGCAUAGUUACUAUCAUACCUUCUUACUUUUAAAAACCGUUGUUUUCCGAAAAUUCAACCGGAUCUUGCGAACAUCCAUUGCCUUAGUGGUACUUUCUUUACUAUCUCUUUUGUUAAUUUGUCUUUAGUUUUUCAUCAUUCCAGAAGCCUGUUGACUUGUCAUAAGUUUUACAGAAGAUAUCCGGACAUUACACGUACCUAUCUAAAGUGUGCAUAAAAAGCAUUAGAAUUGCACCUACCUUUGAGUUAAUCUAACUUUCUUAUUAUAACUUCUUUGUUAAUUGCAAUGAAUACACAAGAGGCUUUAUCAAUUCAAAUACAAGAAGAAGCUUCUCAGCUGUCUACUAGAGAGGAGCUGGUUUCUCAAGUGAAAUCAUGUUUGCAUUUAAAAAAAGGCGUGAAACUUUCUUAUAUUAAGAAUAAUGCCCGAACUCUUCGUGACCCAAGCAAACACCUAUGUCUACUUUGUGCCGUGAAUUCAGGGACGAAUGAGGAUUAUGAAUUAAAUCUUUGUACUAAUUGUGGCUAUCUAUUUUGUGCUCAUAAUGAUAAUCACUCGAUAACUCAUUACAGAAAGAACAACAAGCACUCUGUUUUUGUUAACAUCGUAACGUUGAAAUGUUUCUGUUUUGCAUGCAACAUGGAAGUUCUUCCAUUUGAGAAAAAAAACAUGGUAAUUCGAGACGUUUCUCAGUUUAUCCGUGCCAACCUGGUAUCUCCAUUUUCUUCUGAGCAACAAGAUAGUUCAUUUAAUUAUAAUUCUAAAUCCCAGGAAAAGUUAUCUACUUUUUCAAAACACUUUUCUAAAUCUCCUCCUUCUCCUAAACUGCAUAUUAUUCAUCCAGGUUUGAAAAAUAUGGGUGCAACGUGCUACUUUAAUUCUGUUCUGCAAGUCUUGUCUUCAUCUGAACAUCUUCACGACUGUAUUAGCCGACGUCCAUUCCGUUCGGAUAGAAAUCCGAAGUUGCAUUUCGAAAAUCAUCUAGAUUCUUCGUUGCUUUCUGCCUUUGUAAGGUUUAUGAAGUCCUUCUACAGAGCAGACGGAUCCGUAACCGUUUUCCGCCCAGGAAUUUUAUUUAGCGAAUUUCGUUAUCGUCAUCCUCAGUUUAGUGAGGGAAUUCAACAAGAUGCGCAUGAACUUUUGAGGUAUCUACUUAAUGAUUUAAUAAACGAGGAAAAAGAAGUAGCUAGGGUCGGUAGCACUAUCGCGUCACCUUCGCCCCAAUCACAUUCUAAUGCUGCUUCUGAAAAUGGGCACCAAUCAAACAAUAACCAUAAGCCUGCCAGUCCUUUGACUACUCCUAUAAAUAAUCAUUCCGUCUCGGUGGGUGCUGAUAUUGUCUCGUCAUAUAUACAUUCUCCUAAUAUUUCUCCUAUUCCCUGUGCGAGCAAGGAAGAUCACUCGAUACAGAAUGUUGACUCUAGUCAAUUAAACAUUGUUAACAUUAGUGAAACAAAAGCAAAUGAAAACUUCGUCAUAACAGGGUCCAAUAAUCCUUUUAAAAAGGAUAAUAGACGAGAUAUUUACAGUCAUUUACAGAAAGGCUUAUCCCAAGAUGGGGUUGACGAGGCAAAUAAUCACUUUCCAAAUUUCGACGAGUUUACAGCAUCUAGCACAAAUGAUUCUGAUAAUUCGAUGAAUAUGGAUGAAGAACAUGCUCAGACAGUGAUAGAUUCUUUAUUUACUGGUCGCCUUGUAAGUCUUAUUCUAUGUAAAAACUGCAAGGAAGUUAGCAAAAGCUAUGAGCCUACACAAGAUUUUUCUUUGUCUAUCCAUGCUCACUCAAAAAACUUGAGCAAGCGUCAUCGUUUUCACCGCGCACUGCGGUCUCGCUUUGGAAGGUCGCCAAAGAAACCAAUUGAUGUACCAGACGUAAAAAUCAUUAUUGAUGAUGUUAAUUCUGUAAAUGAAAAGAAUCCUGACGAGUCUAACGAAAACAAACCGGAAACGCCAACUGAACGUGAUGCUGCUGAAGAUGAAAAAUCAGCUGGUAAUUCAUAUUUCCAAAGUUUUCGGAGGUUGAGUAAUCGAUCUAUUCAUUCUCGCCGGUCGCAAAAACAGUCUAGUAAUUUAUCAUCUCUCAUUUUCCCCGAGUCUUUAAUUGCUGAUAGUGCUCAUAUAAAUGAGCCAAAUACUAUUGUUGACUGUUUACGCAACUUCACUCGCAUAGAAGAGUUAAGUGGUGAUAACAUGUUUGCUUGUGAAUCUUGUGGACGUAGUUGCGACUGUAAGUCAGCCUCUAACCAUGGAAGUGUAUCACAAGAAAACACCGAAGAUGAAAGUACUUGUGAUUGUUCUUUGAAUUUCACCUAUCGUGAAGCUUAUAAGCGACUGUUGAUUGAUUCACCGUUACCGCCUGUGUUUGUGAUUCAUCUGAAAAGGUUUCAUCACAAUUUUUCAGCUGAUGGAAGUUGCGACCCCAAAAAAAUUAAUGGGUUUGUACAGUUUGAACAAGAACUAGAUGUCAAUGAGUUUGUCAUGCCCACAAUACGGUCGUCCGAAGGAAAUAAGUAUAGGUUGUUUGGUGUUGUGGCACAUUCAGGUACAUUAAAUUACGGUCAUUACGUCGCAUAUGUGUUGUCUCACAAACAUGUUCCAGUGGAUAGAUCUACAUCUCCAACGUCUGAAACAUCGGAAUCAGAAACAGAGCCAGGAAGCAAAGAACGUCAAUGGUUAUACAUAAGUGACAAUAUGGUCUUGAAAACUUCGUGGGAAGAGGUUUCUAAGGUGGAAGCUUAUAUGCUUUUCUACGAAAAAAUAAAAUGAAAAGCUAUAGUCAGGAAUACUUCGUCAUUAGAUGUACAUUCUUUUAUAAAAUAUUUAUUUAUUAAUUCUUUAGGAGGAUCUGUUUAUUACAAUAUUCGUUUUGAAACCGACUGUUACCGUUCAAAUGGUUUACAAGGGGAUUAUCUUCAAGCACUCUUAAGUUUAGUUUACUUAUUUAGUUUUCUUUCACAUAAUACACGAUGGAUUUAUUGUUCAUCCUCAUUCGCUAGUCUUUCCUUCGUUUAUGAAAUUGUUUUCAUUUAUAAUCUGUACGAUUAAAAUUGCUAUUUAUGAUGCGUACUUUUCAGCAUGGUCUCAUAAAAACAAGGUCUCAUGAGAUUUAUCAAGCUAUUCCUCUGUUUCGUGAACUUUUGGUAAUCUGCAAGCAUCCUAA